CCAGCCUGCGUCCGAGAGAGAGAGAGAUGCGGGGAGUCGGAGGCCCGCUGCUCACCAUCGGCGAUCUCCUCAGCGACCUCGCCGUCGACGACGACGGCGGCGGCGGGGAGGCGUACGUCCCGUCCUCGCCGUUGGCGGCGCAGCAGGCGGAGGAGGCCGACCCGUCCGAUCUAAACAGGCUAUUCGGGGAAUGCUAUGACAAUUUGAUGAAAGCGCUGCAAGAAAAUAACCCUUCAUGGCCUUCAUUGAUGCUGAAGCUGUGCACGGCAUUGAAGACUGCAGAUAAGCUAGUGAUCUCCGCGAACAAGGAUGCUGAACAGCUGCUACAGAAGGUAGAGACUCUGGAGCACGUCUUAGAGAGGGGUGAUCAUGCUGUUGCGGCAAUUGUCGAGAGCCUCCAGAGCUCGCACCUCUCCGAGAAUAGUCAGUCGUCCAAAUCAAAAUCAGGUGGCAAAUAGUGCUGCGAUCGCAUAACUGUUGUAUUUGAUCACACAAAUCAGGACUACUGUUGUCAGUGUUCAUGGGAUGGAAGGAGCUGCGUGCUGGUCCUUUCAUAAAUAUGAAUUCCAACGUUGUUUAGCAAUUGAUGGAAAGUGUCUCUCUUUCCUGUCAUAGUAGAUCAUUCCUGGUAGUUUUGCUGGUUAUUCAUUCCCAGGAUUGGUUCCUGACUUCCUGUUAGGAUUGUUCUGUUCUGGAUUCGAAUUUCAAUCUUACUACCCAAAAUUAUGAGGGAAAUAAAAUCUCGAUUGAACUUUUCGUGAUCCAGAAAGUGCCAGAAUUGUAUUUCACCAUAAACUGGGCGCCUUAGAGUUCCUGAUCUAU